CACACUCCCCUCCUUCUUCUCGCCACCUCCCACCUACCCUGCCCACCCUGCCCCAAGCUGCGCCAGCACUUUGCCUUUCUGGGGUCUGGACACACAGUGGUCUCGAGCCCCCAGCCCCGAGAGGGCCUCAACCGCCAGGCUCCCUCCUUCCCCACUGCGAGCUGCCAUUGCCUCGCGACCAGGAUGGGAAAUGAGGCCAGUUACCCGAAGGAGAUAUGCUUGCCCUUCGACCAAAAUGAAAUUAAAAAGCUGAGCAAAGGUUUCAAGAAGCUGGACUUGGACAAGUCAGGCACUCUGAGCGCAGAGGAGCUGCUGUCCCUGCCCGAGUUACGGCACAACCCCCUGGUGAGGCGAGUAAUCGACAUCUUCGACACGGACGGCAACGGAGAAGUGGACUUCAGGGAGUUCAUCCUGGGCAUCUCCCAGUUCAGCGUCAGAGGCAGCGAGGAGCAGAAGCUGCGGUUCGCCUUCAGCAUCUACGACCUGGACAAAGACGGCUACAUUUCCAACGGGGAGCUCUUCCAGGUGCUGAAGAUGAUGGUGGGAGACAGCCUCCAGAACUGGGAGCUGCAGCAGCUGGUGGACAAAACCAUCAUCAUCUUGGAUAAGGAUGGUGACGGGAGACUGUCCUUUGAGGAAUUCAGCACUCUGGUCAGAGGCCUGCAGGUCCACAAGAAGUUGGUACUCACUGUGUGAGCCUUUCUCGUCAUGGCAUCGUCCAACUUUUGCUUUCUUUCUCUCUCUUUUAUCUCUACGCAAGGCAUCCAGCGACUGUUUCUCUGCUACUUGGACCUGUUGCUUUUCAAGACUUUGGCUUUGUCACCAACCCAGUGAUAGCAAUUGUUCUCCCAGUGACUCAGGAUACCGCCCAAAGGAGGAGAGGAGCAGGAGGAAAGAAAAGAAAUUGCUUCAGUGUUUUUCGGUUGUUUUGAUUCAGUGGUCAAAAUAUAUAAAGUCAGCAAGAACUUGAAAAGCUCAAGAAUAAGAAAAUACGUGUCUUUGCUCUUCCGUCUCAUGGUGGGAGGAAAUUAUACAAUUUGCCAGGUGCCAGGUGAACUGUCUUCCUUUACUUGUAUUCAGACAUCUUUGACACAUUAUUACUUCUUAUUGUGGCAACAAGGACAAAUGGAUUUCUCUUCCUGAGUAUCUUUUAAUCACUAGCUGCACAACAGAAGCCCAUUAUCCCUGUAACAGGCCACAGCUCCACUCCCCAUGCAUGAUACACCCACAGUUCCCUGAGUGUGUUUGAGGAGUAGAAAUCCAGUCCAGCUCCGCCUGUCAUAGCUUCAGCCUCUGUCAGAAACCAGCCUCGGGGCUUGUGUAAAAAGGUGAUAAACCUGCACCAAGUGCCCAACCUAGCUACCAGUUUUAGUGAGGGGAUUUUCAGGUUUUGCUCCCCA